AGUCACAACACAGCAGCUCUACGGCACUCUUCUCUCUCCUCCUCUUCUCAGUUUGGCAUCUCUCCCAUUUUUGCAUUCCCGCAGCCCAUCCACCAAACUCUAUGUGCUCAUUCUCACAAGCCGGACCUUCCAGCCAACAAGCAAUUCUUGAAUUUUACUUGACAAUGGAAGACUUCUCGUGGGCGAGCAGUUUGUGGAAUUUGCUUUGAAAGUUGCUUCGAAGGCAAUGCAGACAGGUGCGCAACUCCAGAACUAAACCUAAAGACCUGAAAGGAUUCUGAUUUGAAGAUUUUGAGAAUUUAAAAAGUCAACAUGCAGGUGUCUAUAGCCUGUACGGACCAUAAUUUGAAGAGAGGGAAUGGGGAUCACGGCAAACAAAGUGCUACCAGUCCCAACGUGGUAAACCAAGCCCGGGCAAAGUUCAGAACGGUGGCCAUCAUCGCCAGAAGCUUCGGCUCUUUCACCCCUCGGCACAUCUCGCUCAAAGAGUCCACCGGCAAGCACACGGGAAUGAAAUACAGAAACCUAGGGAAGUCUGGACUGCGAGUAUCGUGCCUAGGACUUGGAACAUGGGUGACGUUUGGUGGACAGAUCACAGAUGAGGUGGCAGAGCAGCUCAUGACCAUCGCAUAUGAGAGCGGAGUGAACCUGUUCGACACUGCAGAGGUCUACGCUGGGGGCAGGGCUGAGAUCAUUCUAGGAAACAUCAUCAAGAAGAAAUGCUGGAGGCGAUCCAGUCUUGUCAUAACAACCAAGCUUUACUGGGGAGGAAAGGCCGAGACGGAGAGAGGCCUAUCACGAAAGCACAUUAUAGAAGGUCUGAAAGGUUCUCUCCAGAGGAUGCAGAUGGAGUAUGUGGAUGUAGUUUUUGCCAAUCGCCCAGACAGCAACACUCCCAUGGAAGAAAUAGUUCGGGCCAUGACUUACGUGAUCAACCAGGGAAUGGCCAUGUACUGGGGCACGUCUCGGUGGACAGCUAUGGAGAUAAUGGAGGCGUACUCCGUGGCACGGCAGUUUAACCUGAUCCCACCGGUCUGUGAGCAGGCCGAGUACCAUCUCUUUCAGAGGGAGAAGGUGGAGGUGCAACUCCCCGAGCUCUACCACAAGAUAGGAGUCGGAGCCAUGACGUGGUCCCCCCUGGCCUGUGGAAUCAUCACCGGGAAGUACGAGAACGGCAUUCCGGAAACUUCCCGAGCAUCCAUGAAAUCGUACCAGUGGCUGAAGGAAAAGAUCGUGAGUGAGGAUGGGAGGAAGCAGCAGGCCAAGCUCAAAGAGCUCCACCACAUGGCAGAGAAGCUGGGCUGCACCUUGCCCCAACUCGCAGUAGCCUGGUGUUUACGUAAUGAAGGAGUGAGUUCAGUUCUUUUGGGAACCUCUAACCCUGAGCAGCUCACAGAGAACCUUGGGGCCAUCCAGGUCCUCCCUAAGAUGAGUUCACAUGUUGUCUCUGACAUAGACCACAUCCUGGGAAACAGACCCUACAGUAAGAAAGACUACCGCUCCUAAACAUAGCUGACCCAGGGCUGGUGUUACGGUCAAAUGUGUCCCCACUCUCUGGUCUACUCCUCUGCCUUUGAGACAUGUCCUCCCCCUGCUCCGCUCUGGUUCCUCAGGUCCUGUCCAGCCAAGAACAUCAGUGCUUUCCUCAGCCUCCAGAAGCUGCUUUGUGGAAGUCUUACUACGCUGUACAUCUCAAGUACUAUGCACAGCUUUAGCUACAGAGAAAAUUUAAAGCAAAACAAUGUAACUUUUCAGGUUGUGCAUCCAGAGCAAAAUGCAAAAAAAUAUCAUCAAACUUACUUAUAAGUUAUUUUUUUUAAUUCUGAAUGCCAACAAUCUUUUAAAACAUCAUAUCCAACUCACAGAUUUAGGGAUUUUAAUUUUGAAGCAAUUUAAUAGAAAUCAUAAAUUACUACCUGUAUUUGUCUAGGCUGGUGCUAACUUUGAAUGCUAAACAACUAAUUUGCUGCAUAUCUUACAUGUAUUGUUUAUGAAGCCUGUAUUUAGGCUACACAAAACUUAAACAAUUCAGUUUUACAUAAAAAAUUCUAAUGGAUUAAUAUUAGAUUAACAUUAAUACUAUUUAAAUCUUAAUUAGACUUAAUGAUUUGUGCUAAAAAGUUACACUGUGUUGCUUAUAAUGCUUCUGUUUCAUAACACAACUCUCAUUUGUGAUCAAAAGAAUAAAGUGCCUUGCUCGGGGGCACGUUCUGCUAAUAUGAUGAUCGUACUACAGUCUAUUUUGCAUAAACAACCACAACUUAUUCUUUGAGCACAAACCUCAUGUUGGGGAUUGUAAAGUGCCUGUGACAGGUUGGAUUGCUUAUUGUACUGAAACACGGUUAAGAUCAUUAUAUUUAAGAUUUCACUAAAAAAUGCAACUUUUCUUUCCCAGUUUGGCAUUUUUUUGGUUUUUGAAUUUUACUUCCUGAUUGGUAAUUAUGAUACAAUUGGUAACUCCAUUACUGUUACCUAGCAACCAUGUAUAUAGGGCCAAUACUCCUCUAAUGUACUCAGAAAUUAUUUGACAAAAAAAUACUGUAUACACCUUUAUUUUAUUAGUUUUAAAUAAUAAAAAAACAAACAAAAACAAAACAUGUUUCAUGUAAAUUGUACCUAACGUUUGGAUGGAAGUCUGAGUCUCCCUAAUGUGACGUCAUCAUUAUGAUUUAGAUCUCACAUAUUUCCCAGCUGUUCUUCGCAAACUGCUAUCUGAUUGGCGUAAACAUAUCAUUUAUAUUUACAACAUAUAUCCCACCAGAAUAAGGAGGUCCAAAGUUAUUCCUCACUUACCUUAUGCAUCCUAAUUAUUCACCAUGAUGAGUUUAUAAGCACUUUUAACAACUUUUAGAGGCCGGAGCAGAGUUUUGCUGUCUUGGUCAUACUAACAACAGCUAGCAUGUUACCGUGCAUUUCCUGAUUAUCGAAACAAUAAAAUGGUUCAUAAUUAGAGUUACAGACAGUACACAGACUCAAGUACAUGGAAUAAAGUCACAUCAGCCCUUUUGACAGAUUUAAACUUCAACUUUUGCCCUUUCAGUCAAAAUGAGAAAAUCCAAAAACCCUGUCAUACGCACUUUAAGCGUGUUGUCAAACUAUGUUAGCACCUUAGCCUGAUGAGGGGCUCUCAGGACAAACUACAGUUGCAUGAUGGACUAGGCCAGUGGCUGUUGCUUUGAUUCUUAGCUAUGCAGAAUGUCUUGUUUUGGCAUUAGAAGAGUGCCUGCACAUACUACUGAACAACAUGGGAAACAGCUUUAUAUGAAUGAGGCCUCUGCUUUUUCCCUGUUGGCUUGAAUUCACUUUAACUACCUAGUAUAUUUAACCCCAUUUUAGAUAGACUUAGAAUAUAUACGGAUACAUUCUAUUGAAGGCUGCAAAGUCUGAGUAUACGCAUGUGAGCCUAUAGUCUGCAUUUUUGUAAAAACUGGUUAUUUUAGAGGUGUUUGAUUCAGAAAUAGAACACAUUUGUAAAGUGUCUUAUUUUGCAUUUUCAUGUCAAUUGAAAUGUUUUAAGUCCUGACUAAAGCCCAGCAAAAUGUGUGGACUACUGUAAAUUAUAUAACUGUCAAAAAAGAAUUCCAAAAAAACACCGCACUGUGUUUUGUGGGUAAAAUAUUUGAUAAACCUGAUAAACCUGUGUUAAAAAUGUACUUUGUCACUUUUUCUGGAGGAUACGCACCUGCUUGUCUCUAUGGAGAUCAUAUUGCUUACCUCGAAUGUUCCACAGUACAACGUUAUACUCAUCUAUCAUGCAUUUAUUCAAUUACAGUUAUUAAUGCUCAAAAAUACCUUAAAAAAAAUCACAUUCUUACUGUAAGCAGGGUCACCUCUCCACAGAUCUGAUUUGUAACUUGGUCUGGUGGCGUCACCUGGUUGUUCUCAUGGAGCUAGAUUAGUUUAAUGCCAUACUGCGGAUCAUCCAUGGAGACAAGCAGGUAGCGUAUUUUCCUCCUGAGAAGUUACACAAUACAAUUCAUUUCUGGUUAGUGCAUUUUAACACAUCAAAUUUAAGACAGCAAAAUAUGCCAAAUGACACUUGCCCUUACACAGCGGGAUUGUAUGUUUGGAGUCUCCCCCUUGUGGUAUUUUAGAGCAACUGCAGCCCUCAGUGAAAUGGACUACUAUUGGACUACUAUGCUUUAUGUGUACUCUAUUUAAAAGAGCUGUGGCUCCCUCUUCUGCCUGUGAACUGAACUGCAUUGUUGUUGAAAACCUGCAGAUAGGCGUCUCCUCUACUGUAUAGUCUCAUGACUGACCUCUUGACCUGUCUUGGCUGUAUUCAAGAUUUCUGUGAAUGGGACAAUGUAAGUUGAAAAGAAAUCAGUAUUUAUUCUAGAGUAGUUAUAAAAUAUUACAUUUAUUUUGGCAUUUUGUUGUUUAUUUGUCUGGAGAUGGACGUGCUGAUUCUGUGUAUAAAGUGUAACAUAAGCUUCUUUCUGAUUGGCUGUAAGUUGUAAAUACGACGAUGCUUUUGUGCUCCAGCCUCCAUAUUUCAGCUGUUUAUAACUGUCUUAACAUGUGUAACCUUUCUAUUUGUUAUAUGUUUUUGUUUGUGACUUUAAAUAUAUACAGCAUACUGUAAACUGUGAUGAGAACAACUACGCGAAGUGAAGUGGCUGUUGUGAAUCUCGUGUUCAUUUUAUGCAUUUAAACUUUUGCAUAAUUAUUCUUGGAAAAUAAGCCAUUUCAGAGGUCAUGGGAAAGGCUGGCCACGUCCUAAUAGAAGCACUACAAACUAAUCAUUUUUUCAACACUUAGAAUUUUUUAUAAAGCUGAAAACAGGGGCGGCGCCAGGGGUGGCUCUGGGGGGCACUAGCCUCCCCUAGAAUGGCUAAUUCAGACCCAUAGCUCCAUCAAAGUUUUUUGCCUCACUUUCAUAGCACAUCUUGAAUAAAAAUGUUCAAAAUGAGAUUUCCAUUAAGAAAUAACUCCAUAUUAACUUUUAUAAAUCACUAUAGGGGCAAACUAGUUAAACUUGUUUAAAAUUCAAGGCCAAAAUCACAACAGCAUUUGCCUCUUAGGGAGGAACAUGAGAAUUAAUUUAACCAACAGAAAGUCAACAAUGAAAAAAAAAAAAAAAAAAAAAAAAAAAAGCAAAUGGAUAACUGUCCCAGAACAUCCCUUGUCCUUAGACCCUCCUUCU